CGUUUCGCGUUCUCUAAGGCCUCGAAGACCCUUGCUGUCCCGGUUCCUGCCCCCUCCCUCCAUAUUCUGCCUUUUCCGGGGCCUUGAGACCCCUUCCCGUCCCAGUUCCUGUCCCUCCUCCCACCUCUCCCUGCUCCCUCCCCCCGUUCCUGCCUCCCUUCUCCCCACUGCACCCCCUCCAGGGCCUCAAAGCCCUUUCCCCUCUCGGUUCCUGUCCCUUCCUCCCUCCCCAUUCCGCCUUCUCCGGGGCCUUGAGGUGCAGAGCUCCCUGCCCCACUCCCCAUGUAGGAGGGGGUGUUGGCGGCAGGGAGGGCUGGGGUGAAUGGUGCCAGGAGUGGGUGCUGAGGAAGUUUAAAGUUUGGGGGUUUUGGAGGAGUCCCCCCCCUCCCCUCUGUCGAGCACAGUGGAGGAGGAAUGCCAAAUCCAGAGAGACAUGGGGGCAAGAAGGAUGGGGGCGGCGGGGGGUCCUCGCAGCAUGCGCCUGGCAGCGGGAGUUCGAACAGCAAAGAGAGGCACCGGGUGGCCUCCAGGCACAAGAGGCAUAAGUCCAGGCACUCCAAGGAGUCACCGCUGGCAGCCCAGGAGGCAGCGGCGACCUUGGGUGCGAUGAUCAAGCCGCUGGUGGAGUACGAUGACAUCAGUUCGGAUUCAGAUACCUUCUCGGAUGAUGUGGCCCUCAAGCUGGACAGGAGGGAGAACGAGGAAAGGAAAGCAGAGAGGAGUGAGAGGAUGCAGAAGCAUCGGCACCACCAGCACAAGCGCAUCCGUGAGCUGAUGAAGAGCAAACAGGCAGAGAAAGAAAGGAAGUUAGAAAAGAGCCUGGAAGCAUCCAGCAGGUCCGGGUCCACCAAGGAGAGGGUUUCGGGAUCCUCCAAGAGACUCCUUGAGAGCGAGGAGCACCCCAAGUCCCUGUCCUCAAAGAGUAGCAACAAGGAGUCUCGCUCAGCCAAAGCACACAAGGAGAAAUCUAGGAAGGAUCGUGAGCUCAAGUCCAGCCACAAAGAGCGCAGUAAAAGCCAUCGGAAAAGGGAUGCUCCAAAAAGUUACAAAACUAUUGACAGUCCGAAGCGGAAAUCCCGAAGUCCCCACAGAAAGUGGUCUGACAGCCCUAAACUGGAUGACAGCCCUUCAGGAGCCUCCUACAUCCAGGAGUAUGACCUCAGUCCUCCCCGCUCUCACACAUCCAGUAACUACGAUCCCUACAGGAAGAGCCCCAGCGGCUCCUCGCGCAGGCAGUCCAUCAGCCCACCCUACAAGGAGCCUGUGGCCUACCAGUCGAACACACGCUCUCCCAGCCCCUACAGCCGGCGGCAGAGGUCCAUAAGCCCCUACAACCGGAGACGCUCCUCCAGCUACGAGAGAGGCAGCGGGUCGUACAGCGGGAGAUCGCCGAGCCCCUACAGCCGACGGCGCUCCAGUAGCCCUUUCACCACGAAGCGGUCCGUGAGCCGAAGCCCCAUUGCCAGGAAGUCUGUGAAGUCCCGAAGCCGAAGUCCUGGCUAUUCCAGACACUCAUCAUCUCACAGUAAAAAGCAGAGAUCUGGCUCACGCAGUCGUCAUUCCAGUAUAUCGCCGACCAGGCUGCCGCUCAACUCCAGUCUGGGGGCUGAACUCAGGAAGAAGAAGGAGCGAGCGGCAGCGGCAGCGGCUGCGGCCAAAGUGGAUGGAAAGGAGGCAAAGGGCUCACCUGUUUUCCUGUCUAGGAAGGAGAACAGCCUAGCUGAGCUUAAGGAGUCUGGAACAGAGUCGAAAAAGGUCAUCAAAACUGUUAAAUCUGAAAAAUCAUCUUCAGAUACGGAAUUAGUUAGUUUACUGCAUGCAAAUGCAGAGACUAAAACCCCUGCAGAGACAAAAACCAAGGCAGAGGAGAACUCCGAGAGGAAGCAUCCUGUUCCAGUUAGAGAUUCAAAACAGUUGGGAACAAAAGACUCGAAGCCUAUAGCAGCGGCAGAGGAUCUCCUCUCUCCAAAAGAGACAGACACUGUGGAGAAGGAGGUCCCACCCCCGCUACCCUCAAUAAAAUCACCUCCUCCGCCUCUGCCGACAACCACACCACCACCUCCAACUCCACCGCUGCCACCUUUGCCUCCAUCACCUGCUGUUCCGCCUUUGCCGCCAUCCCAACCGACUCCCGUUCAGGUCCCUACGUCAGCCCCGACGUCUUUGCCAUCUUCCUCCCACACAAGGACGUCUACUUUAUCCUCUCAGGUGAACUCUCAGUCCUCUGUCCCAGUCGCUACAAAACCACAAGUGUCUGUGACGGCUGCUAUCCCACACCUGAAAACUUCAACGUUGCCUCCGCUUCCGCUCCCCCCUAUUUUAGUUGGGGAAGAUGACUUGGAUAGUCCAAAAGAGAUUCUUCCUCCAAAACCUGUGAAGAAAGAUAGAGAGCAGAGACCACGACACUUACUCACGGACCUCCCGCUCCCUCCAGAGCUCCCUGGAGGGGACCCAUCUCCUCCUGACUCCCCGGAACCAAAGGCAGCCACACCACCUCAGCAACCCUUCAAAAAGAGACCAAAAAUCUGUUGUCCUCGGUAUGGGGAAAGGAGACAGACGGAAAGUGACUGGGGGAAGCGUUGCGUGGACAAGUUUGAUAUUAUUGGGAUUAUUGGAGAAGGGACAUAUGGGCAGGUGUACAAAGCCAAGGACAAGGAUACAGGUGAACUGGUAGCUCUCAAGAAGGUGCGGCUAGACAAUGAAAAGGAAGGCUUCCCCAUCACGGCCAUCCGCGAGAUCAAAAUCCUUCGGCAACUCAUCCACCGCAGUGUUGUUAACAUGAAGGAAAUCGUCACGGACAAACAAGAUGCACUGGAUUUCAAGAAGGACAAAGGUGCCUUUUACCUUGUGUUUGAGUACAUGGACCAUGACCUAAUGGGGCUGCUAGAAUCCGGCUUGGUACACUUCUCAGAGGACCAUAUCAAGUCUUUCAUGAAACAGUUAAUGGAGGGGCUGGAUUACUGUCACAAGAAGAAUUUCCUCCAUCGAGAUAUUAAGUGCUCCAACAUCUUAUUGAACAACAGUGGGCAAAUCAAACUUGCAGAUUUUGGACUCGCCCGACUCUACAGUUCAGAGGAGAGCCGUCCAUACACGAAUAAAGUCAUUACGUUAUGGUAUCGACCUCCAGAAUUGCUGCUAGGUGAGGAGCGCUACACGCCAGCCAUAGAUGUGUGGAGCUGUGGCUGUAUCCUUGGGGAACUGUUUACAAAGAAGCCUAUUUUUCAAGCCAAUCUGGAACUGGCUCAGCUUGAAUUAAUCAGCCGGCUCUGUGGGAGCCCCUGUCCAGCGGUGUGGCCGGACGUCAUCAAGUUGCCCUACUUCAACACUAUGAAACCGAAGAAGCAAUACCGAAGGCGCUUGCGGGAGGAGUUCUCCUUCAUUCCUUCGUCUGCGCUCGACCUGCUGGACCACAUGCUGACGCUGGACCCUGGCAAGCGCUGCACAGCAGAACAGGCCCUGCAGAGCGACUUCCUGAAGGAUGUUGACCUCAGCAAAAUGGCACCUCCAGACCUUCCCCACUGGCAGGAUUGCCAUGAGCUGUGGAGCAAGAAACGCCGGCGGCAGCGGCAAAGCGGGAUUGCAGUGGAGGAGCCACCGUUAUCAAAAGUUUCUCGGAAAGAAACUACCUCUGUUACAAGCACAGACCCUGUCAAAAACCACAGCAGUCCUGUGCCCCCCCAGCCUGCCCAGCAGAAAACAGAGUCUGGCACUGGAGACACAGUAGCAGGCCUCGGGGACAUCACCCAGCAGCUGAAUCAGAGCGAACUGGCUGUUUUACUGAACUUGCUGCAGAGCCAGACGGAUCUGAGUGUCCCGCAGAUGGCUCAGCUGUUGAACGUGCACUCUAACCCAGAGAUGCAGCAGCAGCUGGAGGCUCUCAACCAGUCCAUCAACGCUUUGACGGAAGCUACCGCGCAGCAGCAGCACGAGUCUCAGGCGGUGGCGGCAGCAGCAGCAGAGGAAGCCAUUGAAGAGCCUCCUGCGGAGGCCCAGCUACCGGAGGAGCAGGCGACUCCAGAAACAGCCAGCGCUCAGGGAGAUAUGCAGAACGUGCUGGCCGUUCUGCUCAGUCAGCUGAUGAAGAGCCAGGAGCCUGUGUUACCCCUGGAGGAGAGCAACGGGGAGAAGAGCAAUGAGCAACGGGGGCCAAGAAAAACCCCAACAAUGCAUCCGGAGGAAAGUACAGCAUGUCCUCCUCGCAUUCUCCCACCAGAGAAGAGACCCCCCGAGCCCCCCGGACCACCACCGCCGCCACCACCUCCUCUGUCUGAAGGCGAUCUCUCCAGCGCAGCCCAAGAGUUGAACCCGGCCGUGACGGCUGCGCUCCUGCAGCUCUUUUCCCAACAAGAAGCGGAGUCGCUCAGCCACGCGACGCACGAACACCAAGCCUCGAGAGCCACGGACUAUGGCAGGUCCCACUCCUCCAGGACUUACAGCACCGAGGGCUCAGAGGGGGGAUUUGGUGCCGAGGAACUGAAUUCAGGCCAGACACUUCUAGAACCCUCUGCCCAGCCUCUGGGAAAAAGCAGGACCUUCUUGGGCUCCGUGAGCCACCUUGGGGAGACGAGCAAUUACCAGGGCACAGGAUCUGUCCAGUUUCCAGGGGACCAGGACCUCCGCUUUGCCAGAGUCCCCGUUGCCGUCCACUCGGUUGGGCAGUCUUUUACGAAAACCGAGGGAAGCAACAACACGCUGGGACAUCCAGAGGCCAAAAUUCAAAACUACAGCGAGUUGGGAGCAGGAAGCGCCGGUUCCAGUGGGGCAGGAACAGGUCACAGCUGGGGUGCUCCAACCCAGGCGACUUCUUCCUACGGGAAGGCGUUCCGCGGGCCCGGCAGAGUGCCUCCGCGUGGGGGACGGGGAAGAGGGGUUCCUUAUUGAGAGCUGCGCCUUUCGCGUGCAGGUCCUCCCCUCCCUCGCCUCCACCUUUAGCGACAUGACUUCUUUUGUUGCCAGAGCAAGGUCUCAUCCGCAUUUCAGCUGCUGCAAAGCUCUCCCUGUUGUAUUCCUUGCUAGGCUGCUGGCGGGCAUCCCGGGACUCGCCGUGGCGUUCCCACUCGGAUCUCUUGCCGGCCAAAACCUCUCACGCUUGGUUAGUGACAAAACCAAACCCCACCGCAAACGGCGGGGGGGAAGCUUUCUGCCCUGAGCCAGCAGGGAAGGGGGGGGAUUGUUUAAAAAGAGGAGGAAUGAAACAAAAACCCACGCGGGAAGAAGGAAAGAAAUAUUUCCCGAGCUGGGCACCGGUGCUUCUCGGUGGGGGAAGCACGGGCUGGUGUUCAGGUAGGGCUGGGAGAGUCUGGUUCCCAAAGCAAUUCUCUUUUUUUUGGUUUAUUUUCCCCAAUCCCCUUUUGAAAAAUGAAAGAGGAGAAAAGAAAAAGAAAGAAAUGGGAAUAGAUGAAUGCAGAGGCGCCUGCGUCUGUUCCCCUGGCUGGGGAGACCCAGGAGGUGGCACUGGCUUGUGCUCAAUUUAUCCGACAGUGCUUUCUUUCCAUAAAGCAUCCGGCUGUCCCUCUCCUCCGGCUCCGUGCCGAGGCUGGGCGGCUCCGGCUCCAGAUCCCAUCUCAUCUGACAGCAGCCUUAGUAAAUCGGCUUUUGUGAAGGGUCUCUUUGGGUUUUGUCUUUCUCCUGCCAUAACUUUGUGGUGGGGAAUAGUCUUAUUUUUCUUCUUCUUUUUGUUUUUAAGAGCUGAAGAGAACACGUCACUGAAACCUGUGUUUCUUUGUAACUCCAAAACUAAAGAAAACCCAGUUCCUGGGGAGAAGCACCACCAGGCAGGAGCAUCUUUUGCACCCGGCAUCCCUUGGAACCGGUGUGCUUGUCCCAACAGAGCCAAUCGCGCUCCCCAAGCGACAUCCCAGUACUUUGAGUUUUCCCAGGCGUUGCUGUAUCCUCCCUAUCAGCAUCUAUUUUUGUUGUUAUCGAGGCCGUAUUUACAAUGAAUUUUCUCCUCCCGCAGCCCAUUGCGAUGUUGUCCAUUUCAAUGAGACUUAAACAAAAGAGAUGAAUAAAACAAAGGUACAUAUUUAUGAGCUUUUUUUUGUUCUGAGUAGGCCUUUCCUAUGGAAAACGAGAUGGUUCGUAGGUUAAUUUUAGAGACGAGAGUGUUCUGAGGUCUUAAACUCGAGGGGAUGAGAACUUCUUGCUACUAACAGGAUUGGAUUUUGUUUCUUUUUUUUAUACAGAGAGAUAAAUUUAAAACUAAAAAAGCACCGGAAUAGGCGGUGCUUCUCUAACAGAGGGAAAAACCUGCCUUACACAGCCUGCUGUGCGCCAGAGGAAGGAGGGGAGAAAGAGAAAUACCUAUAUUUACAUACGCACUGCGUGUGCAGGGACCAGCACCCAGGAGCGGCACAGUUUGCAAAAUUCCAAGUAUCAGUUUGUUGGGGUUUGGGUUUUGGUGGUGGUUUGUUUUUGUUUUUUUUCAUGCAGGCAAAAAAAAAAGAAAGAAAAAAGAGUUCUGUAAGGUGCAGAGUGCACUGAAUAAACCAGUCACCUCGUCAGAGGGUUAAUUUCUAUAUUUUUUCUUCUCUCCGCUGCACAGCCGCCAGCCUGGGUCCACGGUGGAGCUUUGGGGAUUGUUUUUCAGGCUUUUCUUCCCGAGCCCAUCCAAUUUGGAAGGAAAAAGUCGUGUUCCAGUGCUGAAUCCUCUCUCAGGAAGCUGGUGCCUAUUUAUUGUCUUUCCAAAUUGGCAGAUUCCUAGAAAAGCCUGCUGAGGAGCUGCUUCUUAGCCCGACACCGCGAGCCUGACCUUCCCGCGGGCUCUGCAACGCUCCUCGGUGCUAAAGCUCCUCCAGCUUUGAGGUUGUGGUUUUGCAAAGGCAGCGCAGGUGCUGGUGUCUGUCGACGGGGUUUCGGUGGUGCCAGUGUUUGUUGGUGUGGUGCUGGUACUGCCAGUAGCUGUUAGCGUGAUGCCAGUAUCCAUUUCCGUGGCACUGGUGGUGCCAGUAUCCGUUAGUGCGAUGCCAGUAGCUGUUGGCGUGGCGCUGGUGGUGCCAAGUCCCCGCCAGCCCCUCGGGAUCCCUCUCUGGCCCCAAUUCCUUUUGCUGCGGUGGUUGUGAAUGCGCCGAUGCCCUCAGCAAUGCCAGGACCUGCGAGGUGGGCUCCUGCCCCUCUGUCCCACCCGGAGCAAAGGAUGAACACCCCACAUCUCCAUCCCUUGCUCCGGGUGGCCAACGGCGUUUGUCCUUGUCCCUAUGAGACCAGGUCAGCCGGAGCUUCUGCCAAAUGGGGAUGUCACCUCUGAGCAUCUGAGGGGGGUUUGGGCAGAGCUGUGGGGCUGGUGGGGACCCUGCUUCAUCCCCAGUGGCUUUUCUUAUCUGGUCACAGCAAGAGGCUUUCAGUCCUGGCGAGGGUGAAGGGUGGACGCGGGGACCGAGCUGUGGCCGCUGCUCGCUGGGCUGCGGGGCCGCUCGCGCCCUCCCAACCCCUCUUCUGGUUUGUCUUUAUUUCCCUUUUUUUAAAGGGUCUCUGUAUGAAGCAAACAAAAGGAUUUACCAGGGGUGGGGGAAUAUGUAUUUAGAAGGAUUUAGAACGCGGUGCGGGUUACAGAGUUGGGAAUUCACCCCUCCUCUCCUCCUUCUCACGCAUCGGGUCCGGGUUCCGUGCCGAUGCCCAACGCUGCAGCCGGUUCCCCAGCAGAGAAGCGUCUGGGGAGGCUCUCGCUGUACCUCUCCCGAGUUUCGGUUUGAGACUGAGCGCACCUUUUUUUGGUUGUACCUUUGUCUCUGUACAGAU